GAACGGGUUCUCCAUGAAUAACCCUCGGUGCUGGGUAAGCGGACAUUUUAUUUAUCCGACCCAUGCCUUCAAAGUUUAAGUACCUUACUUUACGAUUUCGACGCAAGAGCUGCGUCGGGAUGUGGAGGGCAUACAUAGUCCAGCUCCGCAACCCGAGGAUCCAGGAAGAUCCCUUGAUCCGGCCUCCGAAGAGGAUCCAGACAUAAAGGUGGAACUAAUUGACGGGGUGUUCCACCAACUCAGCAUGGACAAUGCUCUAGUCGCCAUUAUGGCUGACUACCCCGGUUUGUUGCCGGCUUCCCAGGUACUUAUGACCGAAGUCCUGACACCAUUAUUUUAUCCUCGCGCAUUCCUGACCACUGUGUACAACAGCGUCUUGCAGGAGGUGCCUUCAAGGCGGGAAGCCGAACCCGCGGCGGUUGACCAACAAGGGUCACUUCUACCCUGCAGGCGGAAGAGGGGUGCGGUGCGAAUCAAAACGUCACCGCAACGGAGAAAGAGCGCUCGCCAGACUGUGCCCGGCGAGGUUGCCACCCAAGCCUCCGCCAGCCAGGCUCCACCACCUGGUCCGGAGGGGGAGGCGAGCGCAAGGUGCGAGCCAGAUACUCCUCCAACGGAGCAUGCCGACAGGUUGUCCGCCACCAGGUCUGAGGUGGAGAGCGCCAUGAACCAUAGGCACCGCCGGACAGUUUUUCUUGACGCGUGUCUCUCCCCUGAGGCGUUGAAUGCCUUUAACACGGGAGACGCGCACCUCCGUGCUGCUCAAGAUGGUUUGACCAGAGCCACGGAGCAGUAUGUAAAAGAUAUACGGGUAAGCGAUUAUAAUAGCGGUAUAUGCCAGUAG